AUGAGGCUGUCCGCCGAACAGAGUUCUGGUGACUCAUGGCUUUCAAUAGAUGAUGAACUCUUUGAUUCUGAUACCAAGACUACCUUUGAAAAUGUUCCCCAGAAAUAUGAUAGUCACUUAACUGAAGCUGAUGGUCAAAGAGGAAAAAGUACAAUAAAGGAACAAGAAGAUUCUCUUGAGCAAUAUCAUCACUUGAAGCCUAAGGUUGAAAUCAAAGAGUGUGUUUCGAACCAGGCAGUCAGAAUGAAAGGUGUACAAGCAUGCACAUCAGACUUGGGGCAGAUGAACUUAAUAGAUCAAGAAAAGAUGACCACUGCAGCUGCAUUUCUAUUUUGGAAUUACACUCUCCAUGACCUGUGUGAGUCACAGCUACCAGAAAACAAAGAGAGCAAAGAAGUAGAACAAGAUUUAGAAGCGACAUCAGAGCAAGAGCCAGAAAGGCUUGAAGGAAGUGAAAAGAACAAGCCACAGGCUGAGGGAGAAAGGAAGAAGCAUGCAAGGAAUGAAACAGAAGCAUCAAGAAACCUACAUGAUGGCUCCACUGAUGACCAUAUUCAACAAGGAGAGAGUGGAGAAACUGACGGUCAGCAAAUUCCUAGGACAGAGCAUGAAGAGUGCGAUAGUAGUGUCCCUGCCUUGCAUAUGAAGAAAGUAAAGAAAAAUGAACAUGAAGAAUGGAUCACAACAGAAUCUGUGACUCUGCUAGUAUUUAAGAAGGCCGAUUUAAUAACUCAUGAUCUGCUGCAAGUGACUGAUGACAGCAGUUUAACUGAAAUAGAUGAGAAAGAAAGAAAGCUUACAAAGAAAACAUCUAAUGAGAAGGACAAGGUCAGAAACCAAAUCCAUUCUAUGGAUGGCUUUGAUGACUUAACUUGGUCAUCUGAAAUAGCCUCAGAAUGUUGUGAGCUGCCUUACUCUAAUUACAAAAAGUUUAUAUUGCUCAUUGAAGAACUUGGCGUGGAUUGUAAAGAUCCUGUUAACCUACUGAAAAUUCAGGAUGCCGUUCAUUCAUGGGAAAGAUCAAUAGAAGUUGAAAAAAAUCACUGUAAACUACUUACAGAAAAAAUGAAAAAAAUGGAAAAUGAGGUCCAUGUACUACAAAAGGAGUUAUCUGAAACAAUAGAAAUAAAAUUACAGUUAGAACAUCAAAACGAUGAAUGGGAACGAGAUUUCUACAGUUUGAGAUCUGCCUUAAGACAAGAAGAAGAGAAGAGAAAAAAAUGCCAACACAUUGUAUGAAAAAAUCAGGGGACACUUAAGAAGAAAAGAAGAGCAGUACAUGAAAGAAGUUGAAGCGAACAAACAACUUCAACUGCCUUGA